AUGGCCACGCGCGCGCGCCGUCUGUGCCAUAUUGCCUUCCACGUCCCUACGGGACAGCCCCUCGCCCAGGAUCUGCAGCGUCUCUUCGGCUUCCAGCCCUUGGCGGCGCGAGAGGCAGACGGCUGGAAGCAGCUAGCCCUGCGUAGCGGGGACGCGGUCUUUUUGGUGAACGAGGGCUUGGGACCUGCCGAGCCCCUGUACGGACUGGACCAGCGUCAUGCGGUGCCCAGUGCCACGAACCUGUGCUUUGAAGUGACCGAUGCGGACGCUGCCGCCACGGUGCUGGCAGCACAGGGCUGCAGCCUCCUGGUGCCCCCAGUCAAGGUGCGGGAUGGGCAGGGCCAUGCCACCUAUGCCGUCAUCAGUUCCCCUGCCGGCAACCUCAGCCUGACGCUGUUGGAGCGUGCCAGCUUCUGUGGACCCUUCCUGCCCGGUUUUGAACCGGUACCUUCGACAACCAGCCCGGGAUGGGUCAGCCAUGUGGACCACCUGACCUUGGCCUGCACCCCUGGCAGCUCCCCAACACUGAUGCGCUGGUUCCGCGACUGUCUAGGCUUUCGCCAUUUACCACUGAGCCCAGGUGAGGAUCCCGAUCGGGGCCUGGAGGUCCCAGUAGGGUCUGGGCAUAGAGGACUGAGGCUCACUGCCUUGCAAGCCCCUCUAGGCAAUGACAUCCCCACACUUGUGCUUGCGGAGUCCCUGAAUGGGACCACCAGUGAACAGGAUCAGGUGGGGCAGUUUCUCCUUAGGCACAGGGGACCAGGGCUGCAGCACGUGGGGCUGUACACACCUAACAUCCUGAAAGCCACUGAAGGGGUGUUGGGGGCUGGGGGCCAGCUCCUAACUCCUCCUGAAGCCUACUAUCAGCAGCCAGGCAAAGAAAGACAGAUCCUAGCAGCCGGGCAUGAGCCCAGCCUGCUAGCCAGACAGCGGAUCCUGCUAGAUGGGGAUAACGGCAAGUUUCUGCUUCAGGUCUUCACCAAGUCCCUCUUUGCAGAGGAUACCUUCUUUCUGGAGCUGAUUCAGAGGCAGGGAGCCACAGGCUUUGGCCAGGGCAACAUCCGGGCCCUCUGGCAGUCUGUGCAGGAACAAGCUGCCAGAAGUCAGCAAGCUUAAGAUCCUGAGGGGAUGCAGCCAGUGUCCUGAACUCCAGUG